AAUGUGCAAGUGAUGGUAUGAAUACUAUUGUUGUUAGUGGUACUGAGACAGUGGUCGUGCGUGUGUGAUCAAGCUCAGGGAGAAGUUGAUUCUUGCCUGUUCAGCUCUUGCUGACGUGCAAGUUUGGCGUCCCUCCUUGUGGUUGGGUCGGAAGACCAAGGCUAUCUUGAGAGCACGUCUGUGAGUCAGGCUGGGAGUUUUUGCUAGCAGGAAGUCGCACCGUUGGAGCGCACGAAUGGAAUGAUGGCUCUCGUUUGCCCCUUGUAGAAAGCAGCCUCCUGGAGAGCAGCAGAGCAGCAGGCUGUCUGCGCUAUGGCCGCUGAGCUGCAUUUCUCGCCCCCUGAGAUCCCUGAGCCCACGCUGAUGGAGAACGUGCUGCGCUACGGCCUCUUCUUUGGAGCCGUUUUCCAGCUUGUGUGCGUGUUGGCCAUAAUGCUGCCAGUUCCCAAGUGCCCAGAGACAGACUCGGACGGCUUGGAGUCUAAGACUUGGGAGACGGUGAAGAAACCAAAGGCAAGUGCUGCACAGCUGAGCAAGAAAGCCAAGAAGGAAAGCAAAAAGAAACGGUGAGGGCUUGAGCGCUAAGCCUCAAAGGCCAAAGGGAGCAGCGGGAAUGCUUCGUGAGAGGUGCUCCAAAGGCAGCGCACUGUACGUCUGGUUUUGUGGCGUGGCCGUGCUUUCCCUUGCAUGGACAUUGGAGAGGAACUGAGGAAGCUGGAAGGGCUUCUGAUGCGUGACCAACAAAUCGGACUUUGCCUGUGCGGGAUUUCAUGUGUGGCAAGAGCUGGGG